UGUGUACGUACGACAUUUGUGUUUGAAAAAAACGUCGCCUUGACGACGAAUUUUGUGAAUUUUCUAUGUGCUAUUUGCGUGAUUGUAAUAUGAAUGACUUAAAUUAUGGAUGACACAGAAAAAUUAACUCCUCAAACUACGGACCACAAGAAUGUCCUUCCGGAUGUCGUACAUUCUCAACAGAUUCCGAACAUGAGCACGGUCGAAAACGACGAAUCGGAAACUGCUCUCGAUACAGGCCAGAAUGCAGAAGGCGGCAAAUCGCAACAUAUCGAGGACGAAGGUGAAACAGAGUCCAUUUCUGAACACGUUCCCUCCGAAAUUGAAUAUUCCGUAACCGAGUCGGGCGAUGUAAACGCAGGACAGACAUCUGAUGAUCUAUUAAAUGUUGACAAAGGGAAGACCUCAGAUAACAGUGCAAAUGUUCCUAUCCCACAUUCUAAUAACAGCAAUAUUGAAGAUCCUUCCAAGCUCUCUUGGAAUGUUGAUGUUGAUAAUAAUGCUCACAUUAGCAAAGAGAGCCCUGUUAAUUUGACUAUGUCAUUGGAUUCAAAGGGAAUUCUCACAAAGUCUUUAUCACUUCGUUCUGACAAUAAUGAACAAAAAGAGUUUAAAAAUGAAGGUAGCAUCAAAUCUGACCACUCUCAUCAACAGCUGGAUGAUCAAAAAGAUGAAGUUGAUAGUCCAAAAGAGUCACUUUGUAGUGAAUAUCUUGAUUCACUAAAUGAAGAUGUCAGUGAAAAUUCUUAUUCAAACAAUGAGAAUAGCAUAUCUAAUACUUCUAAACACUCUGAACAUAGUGCUCAGAAAACUCCCAGAGACAGCUCAGAAUCUGAGGAGAUCAUUAAGCUAGAUAUCAGAGGACAUGGUCUACCCAAAUUUCCUAUGCAGGCUGCAAAAAUUAUAUUUGGUCCGCCUCCAGAAGGGAGCACUGUUAUCGAGAGCCAAAUUACUCCAAUUCCUGCAUUCCAGAAUUUAUUAUCACCAUUUUUAGUUGUUGGCAAUGAAGGGGUAAAGGUGGAAGAGAUUUACGAUGAAGUGGGACAGAAGAGCCAACAACUUUCACCGGAAAAGUCACCAAUGGAAAGUUUGUCGAGUGAUAAAACUGAAAAGGAUGUAUUAGUUGAAGAAAUGACUGUUGAAAAUGUUAAAGUAAAAGAUGAAGAGAGUCCGAGGCAGUUGAAAUCAAUACCAGUGGAGGAGACAGUUUCACUGAGCACAAUGACAACGGAUUAUAAGACUAUUUGCGAGGAAUAUCAAGAGAAGCUUGUGUACUUCGAAGACGCGAUGACGAGUCGUGACGAACUAAUCGCGGAACUGACCGUCUCGUUACAGCGAUCCGUCCAGGAACGCGACCAGCUCAAACGCGACAACCACCAUCUCAUGAACGAACUGCAACACUUGCAGCACGUUACCGCGGAGACACCGCUAUCAGAACAUGACACUGUUAAAGCGCAACUGUCAGACUUUAUCAAGUACCAGUCCAUGGUCAAAGACGACUCGACCAAGUUCUACUCCGCGGUGAUGAGUGGCACAACAUCUUUGCAGAGCUCCAACGGUGAAAAAGAUAUUGACAGAGAAGAAAUUACGGUUAACUAUUCCAAAUCUGAUUUAAGAUCUUCGGAUACGGACGAAUUUGAAAACGGUUUUGAAUUUAAAGUUGUGACGUUGCUGAAUAAAUUCGAAGAGUAUAUAGAGGAAAAUUUAAGGAAUAAACUACGAGAAAGUAUUAUCCAGGUAUUGUGUGACGAAAUAGGCAAGAUGCGUAUAGAUUUUGAUACUGAAAUGAAAGAGAUGGAAGCUCAGCUGCAACAGGACAAACAAUCGUACAGUAUCGAGACUCGCCGGCUGCGGGAACUGUUGGCCUGCGUCAAGGCGGGCAACGCAGACAUCGACGCGUUGAGAGAGGAACUCAGCAUCAAACAUGAGAAGGAGAUGGAGAAUCUACGGACAUAUUUCGAAAAGAAGUGCUCUGAUAUGGAAAGAAGCUACUCUGAGGAGGUGUGGCGCGGGCGCGUGUGCGUGUCUCCUCCUAGCGGCGCGGCGUCAGAGUGCGCGGACGCCGCAGCCGGGGACUGCAGGCGGCGCACGCGCAGCGCUGACUUCCCCUCACUUACAUUCGAGUCGACUCCGAUGGAGCAGUUGAUGAAGCAAUUGCACAAAAAAUACGAGCAACAAAUGGAGGAGAUGCGCGUCGAGAACGCGGCGCAUGUGCGUGAACUACGCGACAAGCACGCGGAGCGCGUCGCCGCAAUGGAGGAACAGAUUAAUCAACUGAAAGCGCACAUCCAGACAGCGGAGAACACGGAGGGCAAUGUGUCUAUAUACCAGCAAGACAUUGACUUGGAGCUGGAGAAGGAUGCAGAAGAGAGUAGACGUGAAGAGGUCCGUCAGGAAGUUGUGGACCAAAUACAGGAGCAGAUUAAGGUGCUGCUGUCGGACCCGGACGCGGAGCUGUCGAGCUGGCCGCUGGAGCUGGUGGCGCUGCGGGACAGGAUACACGGAGACGCGCGCGCUCUCCACGAUAAAGAGGUGCCGAGCCUGCGCGAGGAGGCGCCGAGCGCGGCCGAGGCGGACAAAUGGCGCCAGCGACGUUACAACAGCUUCGACCAGAACCGGCAGCUCGAGGAGGUCACUAAGGAGAGGGAUGCGCUGCAGCGCGUAGCGGCCUCGCUGCAGCGCUGCGUGGGCCAGCUGGUGGCGUACUGCGCCAGCGCCGAGGACGAGCUCAACCGUACCGUACUCGCGCGCCUGCUGGCCACGCUGCUGCCUGACGAACAGUCAUUUGUGGAGGAGUGUGGCAGGGUGAGCGUCGGCGGGGUGUCGCUGGACAGCAGCAGCUCGGAGCUGGACGCGAGUGCAGUGGGGGGCGGAGUGGGGGGCGGGCGGGGGCGACACGUGCACUUCGCGCCGGAGCUGGGCGGGGUGCUGGCGGCGCUGGACGAGGCGGGCGCGGCCGGCUUCCUGCAGCACCAGCGCGACCUCAGCGCCGACAUCAAGCGCGAGCUGGAGCACUCGCUGCGCCGUCUGCGACACGAGGCCCACGAGCUGCUCGACCUCUCCGCACGUCUCGCCGCCAACAAAAGGAAUCCCGAAACAAGAAUGUUGGAAUCCAGUCAAGUUGAAAUCAAGGAGCUCGAAGACGAACCCGAAGAGAAACAAAAGUCUUGUGACAAUUGUGAAUUACAUAAAAAGACGAUGGAGGAGGCGAUGUCGGAGUGCCUGCAGCGCGAGGGGUUGCUGCGAGCAGACCUGGACGCCGCCAUGGUCAAGAUCGCGCAUCUCAUGACCGACCGCGCCCCCUCCGAUGACGUCAUCGCCGAGGGUUACGGCACGUGCUCGGCUCUGGAGCGGCGCGCGUGCGCUGGCGGGACACGCUCGCUGGAGGAGGCCUCGCCGCGCUCACAGCUGCACGUCCUCGCCCGCGACCUCGACCUCGUGCAGCGCGACCGCGACGACCUGCAGCAACAGGUGAGCGGGCCGGCGCGUGCGCAUAGCGAGUGCUGCCUCAAGCUGGAGGCGGCCAACAGACAGCUGAGGUCCACGCGGCAGUUCGUGGAGGAGCAGGCGGCGGAGCGCGAGCACGAGCGCGACGAGUUCGCGCGCAGGCUGCAGGACGUGCGCGAUGACAACCAGCGUCUGCUCGCCAGGCUGCAGACCAACGCCAGGAUACUUGCAGAGGUCAUACACAUAUCUCACACUUACACUAACACUUUCCGCGACGAGUUCGCGCGCAGGCUGCAGGACGUGCGCGAUGACAACCAGCGUCUGCUCGCCAGGCUGCAGACCAACGCCAGGAUACUUGCAGAGGUGGAGCAAUUGGAAGCUCAAACACGAGAAAUGAACCAGGUAAUAACAGAAUUAGAAGCGAAGAAGGCCACCUCCGAUGAGGAACUCAAGUCCUACGAGGAGAAGGUGGUCCUGUUGCGGGAUAUCAUCGCCAACCUGGAGAACAAGCUGGAGCAGAAGAAUGAGAGGGAAGCGGACAUCCUGCAGCAGCUGGAGAACAUGAAGCAGACGAUAGAGGACAGAGAUAGCAAGAUGAGAGCUCUGCUCGGGGAACUGGAAUCUCUGAAGAAUGAGAAGAUCGACCAGAGCCAAGUUGUUUGUGAGAAUUGUAACAGAGAAGAGGAGAGAUACAAGGAAUUAAUGGACAAUAUUGAGGAACAGUGUCGUUGGGUGGAGAGCGAGGUGCACUCUCGCACGCGGCUGCUGCAGCAGGCGCACGAGCAGACCUCCGCCUGCUGCAGCGAGCCCAGCGAGGACGUCUCGCUGCGGGACCAGAAGGGGCAGCAGCAGAGGCAGCAGCAGAGGCAGCAGGAGCAGGUGGAGUGGGUGUCGGGGCUGGCGGCGGUGCGCGAGGCGCUGCGCGUGUUGGCGCGCGCGGAGGACGCGGCCCUGAAGCGCGUGGCCGACCUGCGCAUGCAGCGCGACCAGCUGCACGACCUCGCACAGGUACGUCUGUCUGCGCGUGGCCGACCUGCGCAUGCAGCGCGACCAGCUGCACGACCUCGCACAGGUACGUCUGUCUGCGCGUGGCCGACCUGCGCAUGCAGCGCGACCAGCUGCACGACCUCGCACAGGUACGUCUGUCUGCGCGUGGCCGACCUGCGCAUGCAGCGCGACCAGCUGCACGACCUCGCACAGUAUGAUAUGAAAGUAGUGGUGACGGCGGCCGCGUAUUGUUAUAGAAAUAACAGUUGGAGUGGCGCCAGCCCGCACCAGCCCGCACCAGCCCGCACUAGCCCGCACCAGCCCGCUACAAGGUCGCUGGACAUGUGA